AUGUUGAAACGCUGGCUCAAGACUGCCAGUCGCCCCGGGCCAACCAACAACAAGAAUCCGAAGUUCAAUCAGGCACUGCUGUUGCUGGUGCAAAAGUCAGAGGCGAAUGCAAGGUGGAUUGAGGAACGGCGGAGUAAGGUGCAAUUCAGCCCGAAAGAUCGAAAGGAGGUUGAGGGAUUCUUGAAGGAGACGAGUUGGGAGGAGACGCCGUUGGGCGCGUAUGUCGUGACUCAGCGGAAGUUGAGGGAUGAAGCGGUCAAGGUGAAGGAAAGGGGACGGAGAGAAGAGGAGAGGAGACGAAAGGCCGCAAAGGCGAAUGAUGAUGAGAUGGAGGAUUUCUAG